AUGUUCUCUUGCCGCAGUGUUUUCCACCUACGAACAUUCCUCUCUGCCUCCCUGUUAGCCCACGCACUCGCCGUCCCAGAUAAUCUCAUCGUCGAGAUCAAAGAGGAUGUCAAGGCCCACGCCGAAUAUGCCACAGCCUUGACCGGCGGCGAGGGCUGCUCCUUCUCCAACCUCGAGGAUAUACGAUCUGGUUUCGCAGAAAUGACGUCGUUAUUUCUAGCGGCCAUCCCAUACGAUCCCAACGACCAGCCUGCCGUCGAGUUCUUCGGGUACACGCCGACGAGGAGGAACUACAGUACCAUGGUCGGCGAGAACUUGCAACGUGCCGCGCAAUACGCCAACGUGGUGGGAGGUCCCGGCACUCCAAACUCGGAUAUUCACGUGCGAUGCGACGACCCCAUAGAUAUAUGUCAGAUUGGAAACCCAAGAGAUGGAAGGCACACGGCAUAUAAUAUCGGGAAUGACCCCCACAUAAACUUCUGCCAGGACUACUUCGACCUGGACGAGUUAGAUGAGAAGGUUGAUAAGAAGGCCAACAAUCAGGCGGAAAGAGAGAUACUGCACAAUUAUUAUAAUCGAGCGACCCUGUGGGCUCGCAUGGUCAUGCACUUCUCCGAAAUCGGACACGCCAUAGUCGCGAAACCUAUUCCUGCUCCCGCAAACUCGCCCAAAGAGUGGCUGUUAAGUGUCUCCCAGGGACCCAUGAACACUUCCGUCCUUGCUGGAGUCUUGAAUGAGUGUCCAGGCGGCAGAGAUCCAAACAAUAUGCAGACCUUGAAAUACGCCUACGGAGUCGUGCGAUCAAAGAUCCUUGCAGUGCUCUCAGUUCAGAUGCCAUACGAUGCCGCUAACAACGCAGAAAAUUAUGCCUUGUAUGCUCAAGCACGUUAUAUCAUCAAGAAGAAGGGCUUCUAUCCCAACAUGCCUAUUAUGGAUUUUCCGAAUGAGGAGACCGUUAUAACGAACGAGCAGCUGCAAGAUGGGGAGAGGGUGAAGCAUGCUUUCUUUGACGCGCCGGAUGUUGUAGAACGUCCUGCCGAUAUGGAAGUGAAGGGCCAACCACUCCCUUCUUCGGCGUCGACCGUCUUUGGAACGUGCUCCACGUGGAUGGGAUUGACGAUAUUCGUCAUUGCUCAUGCAUGUGUGCAGUCCUCAUUUGGAUGA